AUGGAAAGAGGCCUUCAAGCCCUCAAGGCCCCAUCCUCCCGCUUUCCAUCACCCCGCCCCAUUCUCCCGCUUUCCAUCACCCCACCCCAUUCUCCCGCUUUCUAUCACCCCGCUCCAUUCUCCCGCUUUCCAUCAACCCGCCCCAUUCUCCCGCUUUCUAUCACCCCGCCCCAUUCUCCCUCUUUCCUUCACCCCGCCCCAUUCUCCCGCUUCCCAUCACCCCGUCCCAUUCUCCCUCUUCCCAUCACCCCGCCCCAUUCUCCCGCUUUCAAUCACCCCACCCCAUUCUCCCGCUUUUUAUCACCCCGCCCCAUUCUCCCGCUUUCCUUCACCCCGCCCCAUUCCCCGGCUUCCCAUCACCCUGCCCCAUUCUCCCUCUUCCCAUCACCCCGCCCCAUUCUCCCGCUUUCCAUCACCCCGCCCCAUUCUCCCGCUUUCCAUCACCGCGCCCCAUUCUCCCCCAUCACCCCACCCCAUUCUCCUGCUUUCCAUCACCCCGCCCCAUUCUACCUCUUUCCAUCACCCUGCCCCAUUCUCCCGCUUUCCAUCACCCCGCCCCAUUCUCCCGCUUUCCAUCACCCCGCCCCAUUCUCCCUCUUUCCAUCAUCCCGGCCCAUUCUCUCGCUUUCCAUCACCCCGCCCCAUUCUCCCUCUUUCCAACACCCCGCCUUAUUCUCCCUCUUUCCAUCACCCCGCCCCAUUCUCCCGCUUUCCAUCACCCCGCCCCAUUCUCCCGCUUUCUAUCACCCCGCUCCAUUCUCCCGCUUUCCAUCACCUCGCCCCAUUCUCCCGCUUUCCAUUACCCCGCCCUAUUCUCCCGCUUUCCAUCAACCCACCCAUUCUCCUGCUUUCCAUCACCCCGCCCCAUUCUCCCGCUUCCAUCACCCCGCCCCAUUCUCCCGCUUUCCAUCACCCCGCCCCAUUCUCCCUCUUUCCAUCACCCCGCCCCAUUCUCCCUCUUUCCUUCACCCCGCCCCAUUCUCCCGCUUCCCAUCACCCCGCCCCGUUCUCCCUCUUCCCAUCACCCCGCCCCAUUCUCCCGCUUUCGAUCACCCCGCCCAAUUCUCCCGCUUUCCAUCACCCCGCCCUAUUCUCCCGCUUUCCUUCACCCCGCCCCAUUCCUCCGCUUCCCAUCACCCCGGCCCAUUCGCCCUCUUCCCAUCACCCCGCCUCAUUCUCCCGCUUUCCAUCACCCCGCCCCAUUCUCCUGCUUUCCAUCACCCCGCCCCAUUCUCCCUCUUUCCAUCACCCCACCCCAUUCUCCUGCUUUCCAUCACCCCGCCCCAUUCUCCCUCUUUCCAUCACCCCGCCCCAUUCUCCCGCGUUCCAUCAACCCGCCCCAUUCUCCCGCUUUCCAUCACCCCGCCCCAUUCUCCCGCUUUCCAUCACCCCGCCCCAUUCUCCCGCUUUCCAUCACCCCGCCCCAUUCUCCCGCUUUCCAUCACCCCGCCCCAUUCUCCCGCUUUCCAUCACCCCGCCCCAUUCUCCCACUUUCCAUCACCCCGCCCCAUUCUCCUGCUUUCCAUCACCCCGCCUUAUUCUCCCUCUUUCCAUCACCCCGCCCCAUUCUCCCGCUUUCCAUCACCCCGCCCCAUUCUCCCGCUUUCUAUCACCCCGCUCCAUUCUCCCGCUUUCCAUCACCUCGCCCCAUUCUCCCGCUUUCCAUUACCCCGCCCUAUUCUCCCGCUUUCCAUCAACCCACCCAUUCUCCUGCUUUCCAUCACCCCGCCCCAUUCUCCCGCUUCCAUCACCCCGCCCCAUUCUCCCGCUUUCCAUCACCCCGCCCCAUUCUCCCUCUUUCCAUCACCCCGCCCCAUUCUCCCUCUUUCCUUCACCCCGCCCCAUUCUCCCGCUUCCCAUCACCCCGCCCCGUUCUCCCUCUUCCCAUCACCCCGCCCCAUUCUCCCGCUUUCGAUCACCCCGCCCAAUUCUCCCGCUUUCCAUCACCCCGCCCUAUUCUCCCGCUUUCCUUCACCCCGCCCCAUUCCUCCGCUUCCCAUCACCCCGGCCCAUUCGCCCUCUUCCCAUCACCCCGCCUCAUUCUCCCGCUUUCCAUCACCCCGCCCCAUUCUCCUGCUUUCAAUCACCCCGCCCCAUUCUCCCUCUUUCCAUCACCCCACCCCAUUCUCCUGCUUUCCAUCACCCCGCCCCAUUCUCCCUCUUUCCAUCACCCCGCCCCAUUCUCCCGCGUUCCAUCAACCCGCCCCAUUCUCCCGCUUUCCAUCACCCCGCCCCAUUCUCCCGCUUUCCAUCACCCCGCCCCAUUCUCCCGCUUUCCAUCACCCCGCCCCAUUCUCCCGCUUUCCAUCACCCCGCCCCAUUCUCCCGCUUUCCAUCACCCCGCCCCAUUCUCCCACUUUCCAUCACCCCGCCCCAUUCUCCUGCUUUCCAUCACCCCGCCUCAUUCUCCCUCUUUCCAUCACCCCACCCCAUUCUCCUGCUUUCCAUCACCCCGCCCCAUUCUCCCUCUUUCCAUCACCCCGCCCCAUUCUCCCGCUUUCCAUCAUCCCGCCCCAUUCUCCCGCUUUCUAUCACCCCGCCCCAUUCUCCCGCUUUCCAUCACCCCGCCCCAUUCUCCUUCUUUCCAUCACCCCGCCCCAUUCUCCCGCUUUCCAUCACCCCGCCCCAUUCUCCCGCUUUCCAUCACCCCGCCCCAUUCUCCCUCCUUCCAUCACCCCGCCCCAUUCUCCCUCCUUCCAUCACCCCGCCCCAUUCUCCCGCUUUCCAUCACCCCGCCCCAUUCUCCCGCUUCCCAUAACCCCACCCCAUUCUCCCGCUUUCCAUCACCCCGCCACAUUCUCCCGCUUUCCAUCACCCCGCCCCAUUCUCCUUCCUUCCAUCACCCCGCCCCAUUCUCCCGCUUUCCAUCAGCCCGCCCCAUUCUCCCGCUUUCCAUCAGCCCGCCCCAUUCUCCCGCUUUCCAUCACCCCGCCCCAUUCUCCCGCUUUCCAUCACCCCGCCCCAUUCUCCCGCUUUCCAUCACCCCGCCCCAUUCUCCCUCCUUCCACCACCCCGCCCCAUUCUCCCUCCUUCCAUCACCCUGCCCCAUUCUCCCGCUUUCCAUCAACCCGCCCCAUUCUCCCGCUUUCCAUCAACCCGCCCCUUUCUCCCGCUUUCCAUCUCCCCGCCCCAUUCUCCCGCUUUCCAUCACCCAGCCCCAUUCUCCUGCUUUCCAUCACCCCGCCCCAUCUUCGCGCUUUCCAUCACCCUGCCCCAAUCUCCCGCUUUCCAUCACCCUGCCCCAAUCUCCCGCUUUCCAUCACCCUGCCCCAAUCUUCCGCUUUCCAUCACCCCGCCCCAUUCUCCCUCCUUCCAUCACCCCGCCCCAUUCUCCCGCUUUCCAUCACCCCGCCCCAUUCUCCCGCUUUCCAUCACCCCGCCCCAUUCUCCCGCUUUCCAUCACCCCGCCCCAUUCUCCCGCUUUCCAUCACCCCGCCCCAUUCUCCCUCCUUCCAUCACCCCGCCCCAUUCUCCCGCUUUCCAUCAUCCCGCCCCAUUCUCCCUCCUUCCAUCACCCCGCCCCAUUCGCCCUCCUUCCAUCACCCCACCCCAUUCUCCCGCUUUCCAUCACCCCGCCCCAUUCUCCCGCUUUCCAUCACCCCGCCCCAUUCUCCCUCCUUCCAUCACCCCACCCCAUUCUCCCGCUUUCCAUCAUCUCGCCCCAUUCUCCCUCCUUCCAUCACCCCGCCCCAUUCUCCCUCCUUCCAUCACCCCGCCCCAUUCUCCCGCUUUCCAUCACCCCGCCCCAUUCUCCCGCUUCCCAUAACCCCACCCCACUCUCCCGCUUUCCAUCACCCCGCCACAUUCUCCGGCUUUCCAUCACCCCGUCCCAUUCUCCUUCCUUCCAUCACCCCGCCCCAUUCUCCCUCCUUCCAUCACCCCGCCCCAUUCUCCCGCUUUCCAUCAGCCCGCCCCAUUCUCCCACUUUCCAUCACCCCGCCCCAUUCUCCCGCUUUCCAUCACCCCGCCCCAUUCUCCCGCUUUCCAUCACCCCGCCCCAUUCUCCCGCUUUCCAUCACCCCGCCCCCUUCUCCCUCCUUCCAUCACCCCGCCCCAUUCUCCCUCCUUCCAUCACCCCGCCCCAUUCUCCCGCUUUCCAUCACCCCGCCCCAUUCUCCCGCUUUCCAUCACCCCGCACCCUUCUCCCUCCUUCCAUCACCCCACCCCAUUCUCCCUCCUUCCAUCACCCCGCCCCAUUCUCCCGCUUUCCAUCAUCCCGCCCCAUUCUCCCGCUUUCCAUCACCCUGCCCCAUUUUCCCGCUUUCCAUCACCCUGCCCCAAUCUCCCGCUUUCCAUCACCCUGCCCCAAUCUUCCGCUUUCCAUCACCCCGCCCCAUUCUCCCUCCUUCCAUCACCCCGCCCCAUUCUCCCGCUUUCCAUCACCCCGCCCCAUUCUCCCGCUUUCCAUCACCCCGCCCCAUUCUCCCGCUUUCCAUCACCCCGCCCCAUUCUCCCGCUUUCCAUCACCCCGCCCCAUUCUCCCUCCUUCCAUCACCCCGCCCCAUUCUCCCGCUUUCCAUCACCCCGCCCCAUUCUCCAGCUUCCCAUAACCCCACCCCAUUCUCCCGCUUUCCAUCACCCCGCCAUAUUCUCCGGCUUUCCAUCACCCCGUCCCAUUCUCCUUCCUUCCAUCACCCCGCCCCAUUCUCCCUCCUUCCAUCACCCCGCCCCAUUCUCCCGCUUUCCAUCAGCCUGCCCCAUUCUCCCACUUUCCAUCACCCCGCCCCAUUCUCCCGCUUUCCAUCACCCCGCCCCAUUCUCCCGCUUUCCAUCACCCCGCCCCAUUCUCCCGCUUUCCAUCACCCCGCCCCCUUCUCCCUCCUUCCAUCACCCCGCCCCAUUCUCCCUCCUUCCAUCACCCCGCCCCAUUCUCCCGCUUUCCAUCACCCCGCCCCAUUCUCCCGCUUUCCAUCACCCCGCCCCAUUCUCCCGCUUUCCAUCACCCCGCCCCAUUCUCCCGCUUUCCAUCACCCCGCCCCAUUCUCCCUCCUUCCAUCACCCCGCCCCAUUCUCCCGCUUUCCAUCACCCCGCCCCAUUCUCCCGCUUCCCAUAACCCCACCCCAUUCUCCCGCUUUCCAUCACCCCGCCACAUUCUCCGGCUUUCCAUCACCCGGUCCCAUUCUCCUUCCUUCCAUCACCCCGCCCCAUUCUCCCUCCUUCCAUCACCCCGCCCCAUUCUCCCGCUUUCCAUCACCCCUCCCCAUUCUCCCGCUUUCCAUCACCCUGCCCCAUUCUCCCGCUUUCCAUCACCCCGCCCCCUUCUCCCUCCUUCCAUCACCCCGCCCCAUUCUCCCUCCUUCCAUCACCCCGCCCCAUUCUCCCGCUUUCCAUCAGCCCGCCCCCCCGCCCCAUUCUCCCGCUUUCCAUCACCCCGCCCCUUUCUCCCGCUUUCCAUCUCCCCGCCCCAUUCUCCCGCUUUCCAUCACCCCGCCCCAUUCUCCCGCUUUCUACACCCCGCCCCAUUCUUCCGCUUCCCAUCAUCCCGCCCCAUUCCACCGCUUUCCAUCACCCCUCCCCAUUCUCCCUCCUUCCAUCACCCCGCCCCAUUCUUCCGCUUUCCAUCACCCGCCCCAUUCUCCCGCUUUCCAUCACCUCGCCCCAUUCUCCCGCUUUCCAUCACCCCGCCCCAUUCUUUUGCUUUCCAUCACCCCGCCCCAUUCUCCCGCUUUCCAUCACCCUGCCCCAUUCACCCGCUUUCCAUCACCCGCCCCAUUCUCCCGCUUUCCAUCACACCGCCCCAUUCUCCCGCUUUCCAUCACCCGCCCCAUUCUCCCGCUUUCCAUCACCUCGCCCCAUUCUCCCGCUUUCCAUCACCCCGCCCCAUUCUCCCUCUUUCCAUCACUCCGACCCAUUCUCCCGCUUUCCAUCACCCCGACCCAUUCUCCCACUUUCCAUCACCCCGCCCCAUUCUCCCUCCUUCCAUCACCCUGCCUCAUUCUCCCUCCUUCCAUCACCCCGCCCCAUUCUCCCGCUUUCCAUCACCUCGCCCCAUUCUCCCGCUUUCCAUCACCCAGCCCCAUUCUCCCGCUUUCCAUCACCCCGCCCCAUUUUCCCGCUUUCCAUCACCCCGCCCCAUUCUCCCGCUUUCCAUCACCCUGCCCCAAUCUCCCGCUUUCCAUCACCCCGCCCCAUUCUCCCUCCUUCCAUCACCCCGCCCCAUUCUCCCGCUUUCCAUCACCCCGCCCCAUUCUCCUGCUUUCCAUCACCCAGCCCCAUUCUCCCGCUUUCCAUCACCCCGCCCCAUUCUCCCGCUUUCCAUCACCCCCCCCCAUUCUCCCUCCUUCCAUCACCCCGCCCCAUUCUCCCACCUUCCAUCACCCCGCCCCAUUCUCCCGCUUUCCAUCACCCCGCCCCAUUCUCCCUCCUUCCAUCUCCCCGCCCCAUUCUCCCUUCUUCCAUCACCCCGCCCCAUUCUCCCGCUUUCCAUCACCCCGCCCCAUUCUCCCGCUUCCCAUCACCCCGCCCCAUUCUCCCGCUUUCCAUCAACCCGCCACAUUCUCCUGCUUUCUAUCACCCCGCCCCAUUCUCCCUCCUUCCAUCACCCCGCCCCAUUCUCCCGCUUUCCAUCACCCCGCCCCAUUCUCCCGAUUUCCAUCACCCCGCCUCAUUCUCCCGCUUUCCAUCACCCCGCCCCAUUCUCCCGCUUUCCAUCAUCCCGCCCCAUUCUCCCUCCUUCCAUCACCCCGCCCCAUUCUUCCGCUCCCCAUCAUCCAGCCCCAUUCCCCCGCUUUCCAUCACCCCUCCCAAUUCUCCCUCCUUCCAUCACCCCGCCCCAUUCUCUCGCUUUCCAUCACCCCGCCCCAUUCUCCCGCUAUCCAUCACCCCGCCCCAUUUUCCCGCUUUCCAUCACUCCGCCCCAUUAUCCCUCCUUCCAUCACCCCGCCCCAUUCUCCCUCCUUCCAUCACCCCGCCCCAUUCUCCUGCUUUCCAUCACCCCGCCUCAUUCUCCCGCUUCCCAUAACCCCACCCCAUUCUCCCGCUUUCCAUCACCCCGCCACAUUCUCCCACUUUCCAUCACCCCGCCCCCUUCUCUCUCCUUCCAUCACCCCGCCCCAUUCUCCCUCCUUCCAUCACCCCGCCCCAUUCUCCCGCUUUCCAUCAGCCCGCCCCAUUCUCCCGCUUUCCAUCACCCCUCCCCUUUCUCCCGCUUUCCAUCUCCCCGCCCCAUUCUCCCGCAUUCUAUCACCCCGCCACAUUCUCCCGCUUUCCAUCACCACGCCCCAUUCUUCCGCUUCCCAUCAUCUCGCCCCAUUCCCCCGCUUUCCAUCACCCCUCCCCAUUCUCCCUCCUUCAAUCACCCCGCCCCAUUCUCUCGCUUUCCAUCACCCCGCCCCAUUCUCCCGCUUUCCAUCACGCCGCCCCAUUCUCCCGCUUUCCAUCACCCCGCCCCAUUCUCCCUCCUUCCAUCACCCUGCCCCAUUCUCCCGCUUUCCAUCACCCCGCCCCAUUCUCCCUCCUUCCAUCACCCCCCCCAUUCUCCCGCUUUCCAUCACCCCGCCCCAUUUUCCCGCUUUCCAUCACCCCGCCCCAUUCUCACGCUUUCCAUCACCCUGCCCCAAUCUCCCGCUUUCCAUCACCCCGCCGCAUUCUCCCAUCUUCCAUCACCCCGCCCCGUUCUCCCGCUUUCCAUCACCCCGCCCCAUUCUCCUGCUUUCCAUCACCCAGCCCCAUUCUCCCGCUUUCCAUUACCCCGCCCCAUUCUCCCGCUUUCCAUCACCCCACCCUAUUCUCCCUCCUUACAUCACCCCGCCCGAUUCUCCCUCCUUCCAUCACCCCGCCCCAUUCUCCCGCUUUCCAUCACCCCGCCCCAUUCUCCCUCCUUCCAUCACCCCGCCCCAUUAUCCCUCCUUCCAUCACCCCGCCCCAUUCUCCCGCUUUCCAUCACCCCGCCUCAUUCUCCCGCUUCCCAUAACCCCACCCCAUUCUCCCGCUUUCCAUCACCCCGCCACAUUCUCCCGCUUUCUAUCUGCCCGCCCCAUUCUCCCUCCUUCCAUCACCCCGCCCCAUUCUCCCGCUUUCCAUCACCCCGCCCCAUUCUCCCGCUUUCCAUCACCCCGCCACAUUCUCCCACUUUCCAUCACCCCGCCCCCUUCUCUCUCCUUCUAUCACCCCGCCCCAUUCUCCCUCCUUCCAUCACCCCGCCCCAUUCUCCCGCUUUCCAUCAGCCCGCCCCAUUCUCCCGCUUUCCAUCACCCCGCCCCAUUCUCCCGCUUUCCAUCUCCCCGCCCAUUCUCCCGCUUUCCAUCACCCCGCCCCAUUCUCCCGCUUUCCAUCACCCCGCCCCAUUCUUCCGCUUCCCAUCAUCCCGCCCCAUUCCCCCACUUUCCAUCACCCCUCCCCAAUCUCCCUCCUUCCAUCACCCCGCCCCAUACUCUUGCUUUCCAUCACCCCGCCCCAUUCUCCCGCUUUCCAUCACCCCGCCCCAUUCUCCCGCUUUCCAUCACCCCGCCCCAUUCUCCCUCCUUCCAUCACCCUGCCCCAUUCUCCCGCUUUCCAUUACCCCGCCCCAAUCUCCCUCCUUCCAUCACCCGGCCCCAUUCUCCCUCAUUCCAUCACCCCGCCCCAUUCUCCCGCUUCCCAUAACCCCGCCCCAUUCUCCUGCUUUCCAUCACCACGCCCCAUUCUCCCGCUUUCCAUCACCCCGCCACAUCUUCCCACUUUCCAUCACCCUGCCCCCUUCUCUCUCCUUCCAUCACCCCACCCCAUUCUCCCUCCUUCCAUCACCCCGCCCCAUUCUCCCGCUUUCCAUCAGCCCGCCCCAUUCUCCCGCUUUCCAUCACCCCGUCUCUUUCUCCCGCUUUCCAUCUCCCCGCCCCAUUCUUCCGCUUUCCAUCACCCCGCCCCAUUCUCCCGCUUUCCACUACCCCGCCCCAUUCUUCCGCUUCCCACCAUCCCGCCCCAUUCCCCCGCUUUCCAUCACCCCUCCCCAUUCUCCCUCCUUCCAUCACCCCGCCCCAUUCUCCCCCUUUCCAUCACCCGCCCCAUUCUCCCGCCCCAUUCUCCCGCUUUCCAUCAUCCCGCCCCAUUCUCCCUCCUUCCAUCACCCCGCCCCAUUCUCCCGCUUUCCAUCACUCCGCCCCAUUCUCCCUCCUUCCAUCACCCCGCCCCAUUCUCCCUCCUUCCAUCACCCCGCCCCAUUCUCCCGCUUUCCAUCACCCCGCCCCAUUCUCCCGCUUCCCAUAACCCCACCCCAUUCUCCCGCUUUCCAUCACCCCGCCACAUUCUCCCACUUUCCAUCACCCUGCCCCCUUCUCUCUCCUUCCAUCACCCCGCCCCAUUCUCCCUCCUUCCAUCACCCCGCCCCAUUCUCCCGCUUUCCAUCACCCCGCCCUAUUCUCCCGCUUUCCAUCACCCAGCCCCAUUCUCCCGCUUUCCAUCACCCCGCCCCAUUUUCCCGCUUUCCAUCACCCCGCCGCAUUCUCCCGCUUUCCAUCACCCUGCCCCAAUCUCCCGUUUUCCAUCACCCCACCCCAUUCUCCCUCCUUCCAUCACCCCGCCCCAUCCUCCCGCUUUCCAUCACCCCGCCCCAUUCUCCCGCUUUCCAUCACCCAGCCCCAUUCUCCCGCUUUCCAUCACCCCGCCCAAUUCUCCCGCUUUCCAUCACCCCGCCCCAUUCUCCCGCUUUCCAUCACCCCGCCCCAUUCUCCCUCCUUCCAUCACCCCGCCCCAUUCUCCCGCUUUCCAUCACCCCGCCCCAUUCUCCCUCCUUCCAUCACCCCGCCCCAUUCUCCCUCCUUCCAUCACCCCGCCCCAUUCUCCCGCUUUCCAUCACCUCGCCCCAUUCUCCCGCUUCCCAUAACCCCACCCCCUUCUCCCGCUUUCCAUCACACCGCCACAUUCUCCCGCUUUCUAUCACCCCGCCCCAUUCUCCCUCCUUCCAUCACCCCGCCCCAUUCUCCCGCUUUCCAUCACCCCGCCCCAUUCUCCUGAUUUCCAUCACCCCACCCCAUUCUCCCGCUUUCCAUCACCCCGCCCCAUUCUCCCGCUUUCCAUCACCCCGCCCCAUUCUCCCGCUUUCCAUCAUCCCGCCCCAUUCUCACUCCUUCCAUCACCCCGCCCCAUUCUCCCGCUUUCCAUCACUCCGCCCCAUUCUCCCUCCUUCCAUCACCCCGCCCCAUUCUCCCUCCUUCCAUCACCCCGCCCCAUUCUCCCGCUUUCCAUCACCCCGCCCCAUUCUCCCGCUUCCCACAACCCCACCCCAUUCUCUCGCUUUCCAUCACCCCGCCACAUUCUCCCACUUUCCAUCACCCCGCCCCCUUCUCUCUCCUUCCAUCACGCCGCCCCAUUCUCCCUCCUUCCAUCACCCCGCCCCAUUCUCCCGCUUUCCAUCAGCCCGCCCCAUUCUCCCGCUUUCCAUCACCCCUCCCCUUUCUCCCGCUUUCCAUCUCCCCGCCCCAUUCUCCCGCUUCCCAUCACCCCGCCCCAUUCUCCCGCUUUCCAUCACCCCGCCCCAUUCUUCCGCUUCCCAUCAUCCCGCCCCAUUCCCCCGCUUUCCAUCACCCCUCCCCAUUCUCCCUCCUUCCAUCACCCCGCCCUAUUCUCUCGCUUUCCAUCACCCCGCCCCAUUCUCCCGCUUUCCAUCACCCCGCCCGAUUCUCCCGCUUUCCAUCACCCCGCCCCAUUCUUCCUCCUUCCAUCACCCCGCCCCAUUCUCCCGCUUUCCAUCACCCCGCUCCAUUCUCCCUCCUUCCAUCACCCCGCCCCAUUCUUCCUCAUUCCAUCACCCCGCCCCAUUCUCCCGCUUUCCAUCACCCCGCCCCAUUCUCCCGCUUCCCAUAACCCCAACCCAUUCUCCUGCUUUCCAUCACCACGCCACAAUUUCCCACUUUCCAUCACCCCGCCCCCUUCUCUCUCCUUCCAUCACCCCGCCCCAUUCUCACUCCUUCCAUCACCCCGCCCCAUUCUCCCGCUUUCCAUCAGCCCGCCCCAUUCUCCCGCUUUCCAUCACCCCGCCCCUUUCUCCCGCUUUCCAUCACCCCGCCCCAUUCUCCCGCUUUCCAUCACCCCGCCCCAUUGUCCCGCUUUCCAUCACUAAGCCCCAUUCUCCCGCUUUCCAUCACCCUGCCCCAAUCUCCCGCUUUCCAUCACCCCGCCCCAUUCUCCCUCCUUCCAUCACCCCGCCCCAUUCCCCCACUUUCCAUCACCCUGCCCCAAUCUCCCGCUUUCCAUCACCCCACCCCAUUCUCCCUCCUUCCAUCACCCCGCCCCAUUCUCCCGCUUUCCAUCACCCCGCCCCAUUAUCCCGCUUUCCAUCACCCAGCCCCAUUCUCCCGCUUUCCAUCACCCCGCCCCAUUCUCCCGCUUUCCAUCACCCCGCCCCAUUCUCCCGCUUUCCAUCACCCCGCCCCAUUCUCCCUCCUUCCAUCACCCCGCCCCAUUCUCCCGCUUUCCAUCACCCCGCCCCAUUCUCCCUCCUUCCAUCACCCCGCCCCAUUCUCCCUCCUUCCAUCACCCCGCCCCAUUCUCCCGCUUUCCAUCACCCCGCCCUCCCGCCCCAUUCUCCCGCUUUCCAUCACCCCUCCCCUUUCUCCCGCUUUCCAUCUCCCCGCCCCAUUCUCCCGCUUUCCAUCACCCCGCCCCAUUCUCCCGCUUUCCAUCACCCCGCCCCAUUCUUCCGCUUCCCAUCAUCCUGCCCCAUUCCCCCGCUUUCCAUCACCCCUCCCCUUUCUUCCUCCUUCCAUCACCCCGCCCCAUUCUCUCGCUUUCCAUCACCCCGCCCCAUUCUCCCGCUUUCCAUCACCCCGCCCCAUUCUCCCGCUUUCCAUCACCCCGCCCCAUUCUUCCUCCUUCCAUCACCCCGCCCCAUUCUCCCGCUUUCCAUCACCCCGCCCCAUUCUCCCUCCUUCCAUCACCCCGCCCCAUUCUCCCUCAUUCCAUCACCCCGCUCCAUUCUCCCGCUUUCCAUCACCCAGCCCUAUUCUCCCGCUUCCCAUAACCCCACCCCAUUCUCCCGCUUUCCAUCACCCCGCCACAUUUUCCCACUUUCCAUCACCCCGCCCCCUUCUUUCUCCUUCCAUCACCCCGCCCCAUUCUCCCUCCUUCCAUCACCCCGCCCCAUUCUCCCGCUUUCCAUCAGCCCGCCCCAUUCUCCGCUCCCCAUUCUCCCGCUUUCCAUCACCCCGCCCCAUUUUUCCUCUUUCCAUCACCCCGCCCCAUUCUCCCGCUUUCCAUCACCCUGCCCCAAUCUCCCGCUUUCCAUCACCCCGCCCCAUUCUCCCUCCUUCCAUCACCCCGCCCCAUUCUCCCGCUUUCCAUCACCCCGCCCCAUUCUCCCGCUUUCCAUCACCCAGCCCCAUUCUCCCGCUUUCCAUCACCCCGCCCCAUUCUCCCGCUUUCCAUCACCCCGCUCCAUUCUCCCGCUUUCCAUCACCCCGCCCCAUUCUCCCUCCUUCCAUCACCCCGCCCCAUUCUCCCGCUUUCCAUCACCCCGCCCCACUCUCCCGCUUCCCAUAACCCCACCCCAUUCUCCCACUUUCCAUCACCCCACCACAUUUUCCCGUUUUCUAUCACCCCGCCCCAUUCUCCCUCCUUCCAUCACCCCGCCCCAUUCUCCCGCUUUCCAUCACCCCGCCCCAUUCUCCCGCUUUCCAUCACCCCGCCCCAUUCUCCCGAUUUCCGUCACCCCGCCACAUUCUCUCGCUUUCCAUCACCCCGCCCCAUUCUCCCGCUUUCCAUCACCCCGCCCCAUUCUCCCGCAUUCCAUCAUCCCGCCCCAUUCUCCCUCCUUCCAUCACCCCGCCCUAUUCUCCCGCUUUCCAUCACUCCGCCCCAUUCUCCCUCCUUCCAUCACCCCGCCCCAUUCUCCCUCCUUCCAUCACCCCGCCCCAUUCUCCCGCUUUCCAUCACCCCGCCCCAUUCUCCGGCUUCCCAUAACCCCUCCUCAUUCUCCCGCUUUCCAUCACCCCGCCACAUUCUCCCACUUUCCAUCACCCCGCCCCCUUCUCUCUCCUUCCAUCACCCCGCCCCAUUCUCCCUCCUUCCAUCACCCCGCCCCAUUCUCCCGCUUUUCAUCAGCCCGCCCCAUUCUCCCGCUCUCCAUCACCCCUCCCCUUUCUCCCGCUUUCCAUCUCCCCGCCCCAUUCUCCCGCUUUCCAUCACCCCGCCCCAUUCUCCCGCUUUCCAUCACCCAGCCCCAUUCUUCCGCUUCCCAUCAUCCCGCCCCAUUCCCCCGCUUUCCAUCACCCCUCCCCAUUCUCCCUCCUUCCAUCACCCCGCCCCAUUCUCUCGCUUUCCAUCACCCCGCCCCGUUCUCCCGCUUUCCAUCACCCCGCCCCAUUCUCCCGCUUUCCAUCACCCUGCCCCAUUCUCCCUCCUUCCAUCACCCCGCCCCAUUCUCCCGCUUUCUAUCACCCAGCCCCAUUCUCCCUCCUUCCAUCACCCUGCCCCAUUCUCCCUCAUUCCAUCACCCCGCUCCAUUCUCCCGCUUUCCAUCACCCCGCCCCAUUCUCCCGCUUCCCAUAACCCCACCCCAUUCUCCCGCUUUCCAUCACCCCGCAACAUUUUCCCACUUUCCAUCAUCCCGCCCCCUUCUCUCUCCUUCCAUCACCCUGCCCCAUUCUCCCUCCUUCCAUCACCCCGCCCCAUUCUUCUGCUUUCCAUCACCCCGCCCCAUUCUCCUGCUUUCCAUCACCCCGCCCCAUUCACCCGCUUUCCAUCACCCGCCCCAUUCUCCUGCUUUCCAUCACCCCACUCCAUUCUCCCGCUUUCCAUCAGUCCGCUUCAUUCUCCCGCUUUCCAUCACCCCGCCCCAUUCUCCUGCUUUCCAUCACCCCGCCCCAUUCUCCCUCCUUCCAUCACUCCGCCUCAUUCUCCCUCCUUCCAUCACCCCGCCCCAUUCUCCCGCUUUCCAUCACCCCGCCCCAUUCUCCCGCUUUCCAUCACUCCGCCCCAUUCUCCCGCUUUCCAUCACCCCGACCCAUUCUCCCACUUUCCAUCACCCCGCCCCAUUCUCCCUCCUUCCAUCACCCUGCCUCAUUCUCCCUCCUUCCAUCACCCCGCCCCAUUCUCCCGCUUUCCAUCACCCUGCCCCAUUCUCCCGCUUUCCAUCACCCCGCCCCAUUCUCCCGCUUUCCAUCACCCUGCCCCAUUCUCCCUCUUCCCAUUACCCGCCCCAUUCUCCCGCUUUCCAUCAUCCAGCCCCAUUCUCCCGCUUUCCACCACCCCGCCCCAUUCUCCCGAUUUCCAUCACCCCGCCCCUCUCCCGCUUUCCAUCACUCCGCCCCAUUCUCCCGAUUUCCAUCACCCCGCUCCAUUCUCCCGCUUUCCAUCACCCCGCCCAAUUAUCCCUCUUUCCAUCACCCCGCCCCAUUCUCCCUCUUUCCAUCACCCCGCCCCAUUCUCCCGCUUUCCAUCACCCGCCCCAUUUUCCCGAUUUCCAUCACCCCGCCCCAUUCUCCCGCUUUCCAUCACCCCGCCCCAUUCUCCCGCUUUCCAUCACCCCGCCCCAUUCUCCCGCUUUCCAUCACCCCGCCCCAUUCUCCCGCCUUCCAUCACCCCGCCCCAUUCUCCCUCUUUCCAUCACCCCGCCCCAUUCUCACGCUUUCCAUCACCCCACCCCAUUCUCCCUCUUUCCAUCACCCCGCCCCAUUCUCCCGCUUUCCAUCACCCCGCCCCAUUCUCCCUCUAUCCAUCACCCCGCCCAAUUCUCCAACUUUCCAUCACCCCAUCCCAUUCUCCCGUUUUCCAUCACCCCGCCCCAUUCUCUCGCUUACCAUCACCCCGCCUUAUUCUCCCGCUUUCCAUCACCCCGCCCCAUUCUCCCGAUUUCCAUCACCCCGCCCCAUUCUCCUGCUUUCCAACACCCUGACCCGUUCUCCCGCUUUCCAUCACCCCGCCCCAUUCUCCCGCUUUCCAUCACCCCGCCCCAUUCUCCCUGUUUCCAUCACCCCGCCCCAUUCUCCCGCUUUCCACCACCCCGCCCCAUUCUCCCGCUUUCCACCACCCCGCCCCAUUCUCCCGCUUUCCACCACCCCGCCCCAUUCUCCCGCUUUCCAUCACCCCGCCCCAUUCUCCCGCUUUCCAUCACUUCGCCCAAUUCUCUCGAUUUCCAUCACCCCGCCCCAUUCUCCCGCUUUCUAUCACCCGGCCCCAUUCUCCCGCCCCAUUCUCCCGCUUUCCAUCACCCCGCCCCAUACUCCCUCUUCCCAUUACCCGCCCCAUUCUCCCGCUUUCCAUCAUCCCGCCCCAUUCUCCCGCUUUCCACCACCCCGCCCCUUUCUCCCGCUUUCCAUCUCCCUGCCCCAUUCUCCCGCUUUCCAUCACCCCCCCCCAUUCUCCCGCUUUCCAUCACCCCGCCCCAUUCUCCCGCUUCCCAUCAUCCCGCCCCAUUCCCCCGCUUUCCAUCACCCCGCCCCAUUCUCCCUCCUUCCAUCACCCCGCCCCAUUCUCCCUCCUUCCAUCACCCCGCCCCAUUCUCCCGCUUUCCAUCAGCCCGCCCCAUUCUCCCGCUUUCCAUCACCCCGCCCCUUUCUCCCGCUUUCCAUCUCCCUGCCCCAUUCUCCCGCUUUCCAUCACCACGCCCCAUUCUCCCGCUUUCCAUCACCCCGCCCCAUUCUCCCGCUUCCCAUCAUCCCGCCCCAUUCCCCCGCUUUCCAUCACCCCUCCCCAUUCUCCCUCCUUCCAUCACCCCGCCCCAUUCUCCCGCUUUCCAAUACACGCCCCAUUCUCCCGCUUUCCAUCACCUCGCCCCAUCUCCCGCUUUCCAUCACCCCGCCCCAUUCUCCUGCUUUCCAUCACCCCGCCCCAUUCACCCACUUUCCAUCACCCGCCCCAUUCUCCCGCUUUCCAUCACCCCGCCCCAUUCUCCCACUUUCCAUCACCCCGCCCCAUUUUCCCGCUUUAUAUCAACCUGCCCCAUUCUCACGCUUUCCAUCACCCUGCCCCAAUCUCCCGCAUUCCAUCACCCCGCCCCAUUCUCCCUCCUUCCAUCACCCCGCCCCAUUCUCCCGCUUUCCAUCACCCCGCCCCAUUCUCCCGCUUUCCAUCACCCCGCCCCAUUCUCCCGAUUUCCAUCACCCCGCCCCAUUCUCCUGCUUUCCAACACCCUGCCCCGUUCUCCCGCUUUCCAUCACCCCGCCCCAUUCUCCCGCUUUCCAUCACCCCGCCCCAUUCUCCCUCUUUCCAUCACCCUGCCCCAUUCUCCCACUUUCCAUCACCCCGCCCCAUUCUCCCUGUUUCCAUCACCCCGCCCCAUUCUCCCGCUUUCCACCACCCCGCCCCAUUCUCCCGCUUUCCACCACCCCGCCCCAUUCUCCCGCUUUCCACCACCCCGCCCCAUUCUCCCGCUUUCCAUCACCCCGCCCCAUUCUCCCGCUUUCCAUCACUUCGCCCAAUUCUCUCGAUUUCCAUCACCCCGCCCCAUUCUCCCGCUUUCUAUCACCCGGCCCCAUUCUCCCGCCCCAUUCUCCCGCUUUCCAUCACCCCGCCCCAUACUCCCUCUUCCCAUUACCCGCCCCAUUCUCCCGCUUUCCAUCAUCCCGCCCCAUUCUCCCGCUUUCCACCACCCCGCCCCUUUCUCCCGCUUUCCAUCUCCCUGCCCCAUUCUCCCGCUUUCCAUCACCCCGCCCCAUUCUCCCGCUUUCCAUCACCCCGCCCCAUUCUCCCGCUUCCCAUCAUCCCGCCCCAUUCCCCUGCUUUCCAUCACCCCGCCCCAUUCUCCCUCCUUCCAUCACCCCGCCCCAUUCUCCCUCCUUCCAUCACCCCGCCCCAUUCUCCCGCUUUCCAUCAGCCCGCCCCAUUCUCCCGCUUUCCAUCACCCCGCCCCUUUCUCCCGCUUUCCAUCUCCCUGCCCCAUUCUCCCGCUUUCCAUCACCCCGCCCCAUUCUCCCGCUUUCCAUCACCCCGCCCCAUUCUCCCGCUUCCCAUCAUCCCGCCCCAUUCCCCCGCUUUCCAUCACCCCUCCCCAUUCUCCCUCCUUCCAUCACCCCGCCCCAUUCUCCCGCUUUCCAAUACACGCCCCAUUCUCCCGCUUUCCAUCACCUCGCCCCAUCUCCGGCUUUCCAUCACCCCGCCCCAUUCUCCUGCUUUCCAUCACCCCGCCCCAUUCACCCACUUUCCAUCACCCGCCCCAUUCUCCCGCUUUCCAUCACCCCGCCCCAUUCUCCCACUUUCCAUCACCCCGCCCCAUUUUCCCGCUUUCUAUCAACCUGCCCCAUUCUCACGCUUUCCAUCACCCUGCCCCAAUCUCCCGCAUUCCAUCACCCCGCCCCAUUCUCCCUCCUUCCAUCACCCCGCCCCAUUCUCCCGCUUUCCAUCACCCCGCCCCCCCGCCCCAUUCUCCCGCUUUCCAUCACCCCGCCCCAUUCUCCCGCUUUCCAUCACCCCGCCCCAUUCUCCCGCUUUCCAUCACCCCGCCCCAUUCUCCCGCUUUCCAUCACCCCGCCCCAUUCUCCCGCUUUCCGUCACCCCGCCCCAUUCUCCCGCUUUCCAUCACCCCGCCCCAUUCUCCCGCUUUCCAUCACCCCGCCCCAUUCUCCCGCUUUCCAUCUCCCCGCCCCAUUCUCCCUCCUUCCAUCACCCCGCCUCAUUCUACCUCCUUCCAUCACCCCGCCCCAUGCUCCCACUUUCCAUCACCCCGCCCCAUUCUCCCUCCUUCCAUCACCCCGCCCCAUUCUCCCGCUUUCCAUCAGCCCACCCCAUUCUCCCGCUUUCCAUCUCCCCGCCCCAUUCUACCUCCUUCCAUCACCCCGCCCCAUGCUCCCACUUUCCAUCAACCCGCCCCAUUCUCCCGCUUUCCAUCACCCCGCCCCAUUCUCCCUCCUUCCAUCACACCGCCCCAUUCUCCCGCUUUCCAUCACCGCGCCCCAUUCUCCCACUUUCCAUCACCCCGCCCCAUUCUCCUGUUUUCCAUCACCCCGCCCCAUUCUCCCUCCUUCCAUCACCCCGCCCCAUUCUCCCGCUUUCCAUCACCCCGCCCCAUUCUCCCUUCUUCCAUCACCCUGCCCCAUUCUCCCGCUUUCCAUCACCCCGCGCUAUUCUCCCUCCUUCCAUCACCCCGCCCCAUUCUCCCGCUUUCCAUCACCCCGCCCCAUUCUCCCGCUUCCCAUAACCCCACCUCAUUCUCCCGCUUUCCAUCACCCCGCCACAUUCUCCCGCUUUCCAUCACCCCACCCCAUUCUCCUUCCUUCCAUCACCCCGCCCCAUUCUCCCGCUUUCCAUCACCCCGCCCCAUUCUCCCGCUUUCCAUUACCCGCCCCAUUCUCCCGCUUUCCAUCACCUCGCCCCAUCUCCCGCUUUCCAUCACCCCGCCCUAUUCUUCUGCUUUCCAUCACCCCGCCCCAUUCUCCUGCUUUCCAUCACCCCGCCCCAUUCACCCGCUUUCCAUCACCCCGCCCUAUUCUUCUGCUUUCCAUCACCCCGCCCCAUUCUCUCGCUUUCCAUCACCCCGCACCCUUCUUCCUCCUUCCAUCACCCGCCCCAUUCUCCCGCUUUCCAUCACCCCGCCCCAUUCUCCCGCUUUCCAUCACCCCGCUUCAUUCUCCCGCUUUCCAUCACCCUGCCCCAUUCUCCCGCUUCCCAUAACCCCACCCCAUUCUCCCGAUUUCCAUCACCCCGCCACAUUUUCCCACUUUCCAUCACCCCGCCCCCUUCUCUCUCCUUCCAUCACCCCGCCCCAUUCUCCCUCCUUCCAUCACCCCGCCCCAUUCUCCCGCUUUCCAUCAGCCCGCCCCAUUCUCCCGCUUUCCAUCACCCCGCCCCUUUCUCCCGCUUUCCAUCUCCCCGCCCCAUUCUCCCGCUUUCCAUCACACGGCUCCAUUCUCCCGCUUUCCAUCACCCCGCCCCAUUCUUCCGCUUCCCAUCAUCCCGCCCCAUUCCCCCGCUUUCCAUCACCCCUCCCCAUUCUCCCUCCUUCCAUCACCCCGCCCCAUUCUCCCACUUUCCAUCACCCGCCCCAUUCUCCCGCUUUCCAUCACCUCGCCCCACUCUCCCGCUUUCCAUCACCCCGCCCCAUUCUUCUGCUUUCCAUCACCCCGCCCCAUUCUCCCGCUUUCCAUCACCCUGCCCCAUUCUCCCGCUUUCCAUCACCCCGCCCCAUUCUCCCGCUUUCCAUCACCCGCCCCAUUCUCCCGCUUUCCAUCACCCCGCCCCAUUCUCCCGCUUUCCAUCACCCCGCCCCAUUCUCCCGCUUUUCAUCACCCCGCCCCAUUCUCCCGCUUUCCAACACCCCAGCCCAUUCUCUCGCUUACCAUCACCCCGCCCCCUACUUCCUCCUUCCACCACCCCGCCCCAUUCUCCCUCCUUCCUUCACCCCGCCCCAUUCUCCCGCUUUCCAUCACCCUGCCCCAUUCUCCCGCUUUCGAUCACCCCGCCCCAUUCUCCCGCUUUUCCAUCACCCCGCCCCAUUCUCCCUCCUUCCAUCACCCCGCCCCAUUCUCCCGCUUUCCAUCACCCCGCCCCAUUCUCCCGCUUUCCAUCACCCCGCCCCCUUCUCCCUCCUUCCAUCACCCCGCCCCAUUCUCCCUCCUUCCAUCACCCCGCCCCAUUCUCCCGCUUUCCAUCAGCCCGCCCCAUUCUCCCGCUUUCCAUCACCCCGCCCCAUUCUCCCGCUUCCCAUCAUCCCGCCCCAUUCUCCCGCUUUCUAUCACCCCGCCCCAUUCUCCCUUCUUCCAUCACCCCGCCCCAUUCUCCCGCUUUCCAUCACCCCGCCCCAUUCUCCCGCUUUCCACCACCCCGCCCCCUUCUCCCUCCUUCCAUCACCCCGCCCCAUUCUCCCUCCUUCCAUCACCCCGCCCCAUUCUCCCGCUUUCCAUCAGCCCGCCCCAUUCUCCCGCUUUCCAUCACCCCGCCCCUUUCUCCCGCUUUCCAUCUCCCUGCCCCAUUCUCCCGCUUUCCAUCACCCCGCCCCAUUCUCCCGCUUUCCAUCACCCCGCCCCAUUCUCCCUCCUUCCAUCACCCCGCCCAAUUCUCCUGCUUUCCAUCUCCCCGCCCCAUUCUCCCGCUUUCCAUCACCCUGCCCCAUUCUCCCGCUUUCCAUCACCCCGCCCCAUUCUUCCGCUUCCCAUCAUCCCGCCCCAUUCCCCCGCUUUCCAUCACCCCUCCCCAUUCUCCCUCCUUCCGUCACCCCGCCCCAUUCUCCUGCUUUCCAUCACCCCGCCCCAUUCUCCCACUUUCCAUUACCCCGCCCCAUUCUUCUGCUUUCCAUCACCCCGCCCCAUUCUCCCGCUUUCCAUCACCCCACACCAUUCACCCGCUUUCCAUCACCCGCCCCAUCUCCCGCUUUCCAUCACCCCGCCCCAUUCUCCCGCUCUCCAUCACCCCGCCCCAUUCUCCCGCUUUUCAUCACCCCGCCCCAUUCUCCCGCUUUCCAACACCCCUCCCCAUUCUCCCGCUUUCCAUCACCCCGCCCCAUUCUCCCGCUUUCCAUCACCCCGCCCCAUUGUCCCGCUUUCCAUCACUCCGCCCCAUUCUCCCGCUUUCCAUCACCCCGCCCCAUUCUCCCGCUUUCCAUCACCCCAGCCCAUUCUCCCUCCUUCCAUCACCCUGCCUCAUUCUCCCUCCUUCCAUCACCCCGCCCCAUGCUCCCGCUUUCCAUCACCCCGCCCCAUUCUCCCGCUUUCCAUCACCCAGCCCCAUUCUCCCGCUUUCCAUCACCCCGCCCCAUUUUCCCGCUUUCCAUCACCCCACCCCAUUCUCCCGCUUUCCAUCACCCUUCCCCAAUCCCCCGCUUUCCAUCACCCCGCCCCAUUCUCCCUCCUUCCAUCACCCCGCCCCAUUCUCCCGCUUUCCAUCACCCCGCCCCAUUCUCCCGCUUUCCAUCACCCCGCCCCAUUCUCCCGCUUUCCAUCACCCCGCCCCAUUCUCCCGCUUUCCAUCACCCCGCCCCAUUCUCCCGCUUUCCAUCACCCCGCCCCAUUCUCCCGCUUUCCAUCACCCCGCCCCAUUCUCCCUCCUUCCAUCUCCCCGCCCCAUUCUCCCUCCUUCCAUCACCCCGCCCCAUUCUCCCGCUUUCCAUCACCCCGCCCCAUUCUCCCGCUUCCCACAACCCCACCCCAUUCUCCCGCUUUCCAUCACCCCGCCACGUUCUCCCGCUUUCCAUCACCCCGCCCCAUUCUCCUUCCUUCCAUCACCCCGCCCCAUUCUCCCUCCUUCCAUCACCCCGCCCCAUUCUCCCGCUUUCCAUCAGCCCGCCCCAUUCUCCCGCUUUCCAUCACCCCGCCCCAUUCUCCCGCUUUCCAUCACCCCGCCCCAUUCUCCCGCUUUCCAUCACCCCGCCCCAUUCUCCCGCUUUCCAUCACCCCGCCCCCUUCUCCCUCCUUCCACCACCCCGCCCCAUUCUCCCUCUUUCCAUCACCCCGCCCCAUUCUCCCGCUUUCCAUCAGCCCGCCCCAUUCUCCCGCUUUCCAUCAACCCGCCCCUUUCUCCCGCUUUCCAUCUCCCCGCCCCAUUCUCCCGCUUUCCAUCACCCAGCCCCAUUCUCCCGCUUUCCAUCACCCCGCCCCAUUUUCCCGCUUUACAUCACCCUGCCCCAAUCUCCCGCUUUCCAUCACCCUGCCCCAAUCUUCCGCUUUCCAUCACCCCGCCCCAUUCUCCCUCCUUCCAUCACCCCGCCCCAUUCUCCCGCUUUCCAUCACCCCGCCCCAUUCUCUCGCUUUCCAUCACCCCGCCCCAUUCUCCCGCUUUCCAUCACCCCGCCCCAUUCUCCCGCUUUCCAUCACCCCGCCCCAUUCUCCCUCCUUCCAUCACCCCGGCCCAUUCUCCCGCUUUCCAUCAUCCCGCCCCAUUCUCCCUCCUUCCAUCACCCCGCCCCAUUCUCCCUCCUUCCAUCACCCCGCCCCAUUCUCCCGCUUUCCAUCACCCCGCCCCAUUCUCCCGCUUCCCAUAACCCCACCCCAUUCUCCCGCUUUCCAUCACCCCGCCACAUUCUCCGGCUUUCCAUCACCCCGCCCCAUUCUCCUUCCUUCCAUCACCCCGCCCCAUUCUGCCUCCUUCCAUCACCCCGCCCCAUUCUCCCGCUUUCCAUCAGCCCGCCCCAUUCUCCCACUUUCCAUCACCCCGCCCCAUUCUCCCGCUUUCCAUCACCCCGCCCCAUUCUCCCGCUUUCCAUCACCCUGCCCCAUUCUCCCGCUUUCCAUCACCCUGCCCCCUUCUCCCUCCUUCCAUCACCCCGCCCCAUUCUCCCACCCUCCAUCAGCCCGCCCCAUUCUCCCACUUUCCAUCAGCCCGCCCCAUUCUCCCGCUUUCCAUCUCCCCGCCCCAUUCUCCCGCUUUCCAUCACCUCGCCCCAUUUUCCCGCUUUCCAUCACCCCGCCCCAUUCUUCCGCUUCCCAUCAUCCCGCCCCAUACCCCCGCUUUCCAUAAACCCUCCCCAUUCUCCCUCCUUCCAUCACCUCGCCCCGUUCUCCCUCAUUCCAUCACCCCGCCCCAUUCUCCCGCUUUCCAUCACCCCGCCCCAUUCUUCCGCUUCCCAUAACCCCACCCCAUUCUCCCGCUUUCCAUCACCCCGCCCCCUUCUCUCUCCUUCCAUCACCCCGCCCCAUCCUCCCUCCAUCCAUCACCCCGCCCCAUUCUCCCGCUUUCCAUCAGCCCGCCCCAUUCUCCCGCUUUCCAUCACCCCGCCCCUUUCUCCCGCUUUCCAUCUCCCCGCCCCAUUCUCCCGCUUUCCAUCACCCCGCCCCAUUCUCCCGCUUUCCAUCACCCCGCCCCAUUCUUCCGCUUCCCAUCAUCCCGCCCCAUUCCACCGCUUUCCAUCACCACUCCCCAUUCUCCCUCCUUCCAUCACCCCGCCCCAUUCUUCCGCUUUCCAUCACCCGCCCCAUUCUCCCGCUUUCCAUCACCUCGCCCCAUUCUCCCGCUUUCCAUCACCCCGCCGCAUUCUUCUGCUUUCCAUCACCCCGCCCCAUUCUCUGGCUUUCCAUCACCCCGCCCCAUUCUCCCUCCUUCCAUCACCCCGCCCCAUUCUCCCUCCUUCCAUCAUCCCGCCCCAUUCUCCCGCUUUCCAUCACCCCGCCACAUUCUCCCGCUUUCUAUCACCCCGCCCCAUUCUCCCUCCUUCUAUCACCCCGCCCCAUUCUCCCGCUUUCCACCACCCCGCCCCAUUCUCCCGAUUUCCAUCACCCCCGCCCCAUUCUCCCGCUUUCCAUCAUCCCGCCCCAUUCUCCCUCCUUCCAUCACCCCGCCCCAUUCUCCCGCUUUCCAUCACUGCGCCCCAUUCUCCCUCCUUCCAUCACCCCGCCCCAUUCUCCCUCCUUCCAUCACCCCGCCCCAUUCUCCCGUUUUCCAUCACCCCGCCCCAAUCUCCUGCUUCCCAUGUCCCCACCCCAUUUUCCCGCUUUCCAUCACCCCGCCACAUUCUCCCACUUUCCAUCACCUCGCCCCCUUCUCUCUCCUUCCAUCACCCCGCCCCAUUCUCCCUCCUUCCAUCACCCCGCCCCAUUCUCCCGCAUUCCAUCAGCCCGCCCCAUUCUCCCACUUUCCAUCACCCCUCCCCUUUCUCCCGCUUUCCAUCUCCCCGCCCCAUUCUCCCGCUUUCCAUCACCCCGCCCCAUUCUCCCGCUUUCCAUCACCCCGCCCCAUUCUUCCGCUUCCCAUCAUCCCGCCCCAUUCCCCCGCUUUCCAUCACCCCUCCCCAUUCUCCCUCCUUCCAUCACCCCGCCCCAUUCUCUCGCUUUCCAUCACCCCGCCCCAUUCUCCCGCUUUCCAUCACGCCGCCCCAUUCUCCCGCUUUCCAUCACCCCGCCCCAUUCUCCCUCCUUCCAUCACCCUGCCCCAUUCUCCCGCUUUCCAUCACCCCGCCCCAUUCUCCCUUCUUCCAUCACCCCGCCCCAUUCUCCCUCAUUCCAUUACCCCGCCCCACUCUCCCGCUUUCCAUCACCCCGCCCCAUUCUCCCGCUUCCCAUAACCCCACCCCAUUCUCCCGCUUUCCAUCACCCCGCCACAUUUUCCCACUUUCCAUCACCCCGCCCCAUUCUCCCUCCUUCCAUCACCCCGCCCCAUUCUCCCUCCUUCCAUCACCCUGCCCCAUUCUCCCGCUUUCCAUCACCCCAAGCCAUUCUCCCUCUUUCCAUCACCCCGCCUCAUUCUCCCGCUUUCCAUCACCCCGCCCCAUUCUCCCGCUUUCCAUCACCCCGCCCCAUUGUCCCUCUCUCCAUCACCCAGCCCCAUUCUCCCUCUUUCCAUCACCCUGCCCCAUUCUCCCUCUUUCCAUCACCCCACCCCAUUCUCCCGCUUUCAAUCACCCCGCCCCAUUCUCCCGCUUUCCAUCACCCCGCCCCAUUCUCCCGCUUUCCAUCACCCCCGCCGGGGGAGCACCACCCCGACCUGCAUCGCCUUGA